UUGCUCUGAAGUAACAAUAAAAUGUCAACUUCCGUUUUAAUCAAAGACAGCAACAAAAAACUAAAUUUGUUGUUAUAUAGAGAUCUAGAUCUUGAUCUAGCCUAGAUUCAAGAUCUAGCCAACAUAUUAAACAUAGAGAAUUUAAAAAGAUGUAAAAAAUGCCGUUGUUUAAACGUAAAACAACUGAAAAGCCAGUCAAGUCUCCUUCAACUGGUUCGGGUCUCAUCAGGACUGCUUCCACCAGGUCAAGUCUUAGUUCGCCUCGCUCACCAUCAACUCCAGACUCCUGGGGAGAUGAAUCAGAUAUAGGUGUUCCUUAUAAUAAUUUCAAUGGCAUAAUACCAAAAGAGAAAAGGCCAAGGACACUGACCCUCUCUGAAUCAGUUCUUCAUGAAGGCCCAGUGACCCAAGAUGAUUCCUUAGAAUCGCCACUCAGGACUUGCUCCAGACUUUCCAAAACUCUUCUUGAGAUUGUCAGAGACAAAGAUGCUCUUUCCUGCUUCAAGGCUUUUCUGAAAAGUCAAAUGGCUGAACAUCUCAUUCAGUUUUGGUGUGAGGCAGAGUCAUUUCAUGCUGCCACGCUGAUGCGUCUCAGGACUCAGUCUCUGCAAAGUAUCUCUAAAAGUGCCAUUCACAAACGACGAAGUGACAGCAUGAAGUUUUGCACCAGCCCUGAGGCAGCUCCACCUGUCUCAGAAAGUAUGUCGAAGGGUCUGGAUACAAACAGUGAAAGCAACGACAUAGUAGAAAAUAUCUUAAAGGAUACAAAAAAUAUUGAUGAUGGCACAUCCUACAUUAUUAAUUCCUGCCAAUCAGGUGAUCAAGAUUCAUCUAUAGUGCAUCGCCAUCCGUCUUGUCAACAGAAUCAUUCAUCAUCGGAUUUGACUCAUCAUGACUCUUCUUGCUCAACACUGUCUAAUGUUAUAGUCACUGCAUCCAAUAACCCAAACCCUGCGUCCAAAAUUUGUGAUAACACUAGUACUGUUCCAUGUAUAGACUCAAAUGGCAUUCUUGCUAAGCAGCCUGCCUUAGGGAAUUGUAUAGAUGUAGAUCCAGCUAAUCAUCUCACAGAAGUAUCAAAUACCAAGUCCUUAGAAACACCAGAUACCAAUAAAACUUUCAGUGAAGGAAGUCAGGAAGAUUUAGCUGGAAAACUAAAAAAAAGUAUAGAGAGAGAUGCAGUGACUAUUUUUUCCACCUUUUUAGCUAAAGAUGCUCCUCAGCCAAUAGGUGUGGAGGAUAACCUCAGAGCUGAAGCAAUAAGUCAAAUCUGUAAAGAGAAUGGUCAAGUCGACCCAGAAUGUUUUGUCGGCUGCCAGAGAUUUGUUCUAAGUAAACUGGAGUCUGAAUAUUACCAGUCUUUCAAAGACAGUGAGUUUCACUGCCUCCACCAAGUUAACUUAUUGACUGGGGAGAAGAUCUACCUGCCAGACAUUUUGUUGAAUGAAAACGCUUUGAUUUACUUUAUGGAGUUCAUGGAGCAGGAAGGAGCCAGUGACCUGAUGCAGAUGUGGCUGGCUGUGGACAACUUUCAGCAACAGCUGACCUCAACCAAUGGCUCCUAUGAUGCAGAACAGGCUCAGGCUGAUGCUAUGGUCAUUUAUGACAAGUACUUCUCUCUCCAGGCCACCAACCCAAUAGGUUUUGAUGACAAGAUGAGAUUUGAGAUUGAAGGAAACAUAUGCCGGGAGGGUGGCCCACUGCCUGGCUGUUUUACUAAAGCUAAAAACAUUGUUUUGAAGAUCAUUGAUAAGUUGUAUUUCAGUAACUACCUACAGAGUCAGAUCUACUAUAGGUAUUUGUCUGACCUCAUCUGCACUGUCCAGAUGUCUGAAGACAUGCCAAGUAAAGUCAGCCAUAAAGGUCACAAAAGAACAGAGAGUGACGCAUCAUCCGAGCACAGUGUUGGUAGCCACAGCACUGGGGCUGAAAGCGUGGUCUCUCGCAACACUUUGCUUGCAGUUGAUACCAGGAAAACGCGCAAAGGUGCAGUCAUUGAAGGUGACUUUAGCAUGAACAUGGAUAUGUUGAACCCUGAUGACCUCUGGAAAAGGCCAGCUGCAAAAAAUGAUCCUUCCUCCAUCACCAGCAACUUGAUCCUGGGCUCAGUGAAUGAACUUGGACAGUUUGUCUCACACUUUGAACCAGAUAUAGAGGCAGAGAAAAAGAAAGGCCCUCUCCUGUUUAAAAGGCGGAAAGAAAAAGAAAAGGAGGAGGAAGAGAUGGCCCUGCGCAUAGCACAGAUGAUCAUCUCUGAUGUCAACACAAUGACAAAGACAGGGGAGACUAUGCUGAAGGUAGCCAAGAGUUGAUGGCACAUGGUUUAAUUGAAGUGCUCAUUCCAUUUAAUCAAAACCUCGUCUAUUGCACCAUACCGUCAUAGAGAUUAAAUCAAUCCAAAAUAACUCUACUGAGAGUAGACUCACAAGCCAAUAAAGAGACUGUUGUCAGUUGUAAAUAAAGGAAACUGUUUCUACUUUAUAAUGUGGCAGCUGGCAGAUUUGUUAAUGUUAUCCCCAAAAUAUCUUGUGAAACUUGUUACUAUAUUGUUUAUAUUACUUUUGUUGUAGGAGUGAAUAUGUACUGACAUAUCAUUAUAUAACGAAAUAUAUCUAUUUCUUUUAUAAAGUACGUUCAUUGUUUAAAUCUAGUCUUCCUUGUGCCAUUUUCUAUUCAACAUCACAGAGUUCGCCUCACUGUAGCUUCCAUUGUUAGCCCACCAAAGCAAAACCUGUUGGAACCUUAUAGCCCUAUUGUGUGUACUUAAAUCUCAGUCAACUUUAAAGUUUUCUUUCUUCCUUUGUUCUGUGUUUUUAACUUUCACUGAUAAACUAAAUGCUUGCUUGUAUAUUCAAUGACUUGUACAGUUUAGUUCUCUAAUCACAGCUGUUGACUAAAUCCAUUCUCCAUUUAGGGGCUUCAUAUCAACUUCAUUUCAGAAUGACAUUAAAAUAGCAGAUAUGGCUUGGUACUUUUAGACUGGCAGACUGAUGCAAUAUCACAUCAAAGUUAGAUCACAAUUAUGUUUGUGUGUGUGUGUGUGUGGCCUCUACUCCUGUCUGAAUAAGCACACACUCUUUUUUUUUUUUUUUUUUUUUUCCUGUCCUCUGGUUAGCAUUAAAUUUGUCUAUGUUUGUACAUAGUGAGAUUUACAAACCAAAAUUUGGUCCAAGUGUGAAGAGUGUGUAUAAUCAUUUUAUUUAUUUGUUGGUUUGAUCCUUGCUUGAUUUAAUUAAUUAUCUUAUUAAACCAAACAUUGUUACAUCUGAUACUCCGAUGUCAAGACAAUGAAACUUUAACACAUAACAACAAAAUAUUUUAAAUGUAACUUGUUUAAAUAAAUCUUUAUUUCUAUGUAUAUUCUAAUGGGUAAUAUAAGCACAAACUGAAUAUUGGGAUGAUUUAAUACCCCCCACCACCCCCUUAUUUCCAAGAUUUACUGGGGAGAGAUGAUUGCUGCAUAGCCAAACCAUUUUGUGAAUAGAAUAUGCCAACACAUUAUUGAGUUAGUUGGAAUAAUUGUGUGGCAUAAAAGUGGGGAACUGAAAAAAAGUUGCACAUAAAUUAACAGCGACUCCAUUCAAAUUCAUGUUCAGCAUUAUAAUGAUGCUAUAUUUUCUAUGCUGCCCAUUUUUUAAAACAGUUUGUACUGGGCAAUAAUCCAUUAAAUUUAGCUACAUUUUUUUAAUAUGUACAUUAUAUUUUGGUGUGUCCUGCAUGGGGUAAAGAUUAUUGCUGUGUGUCACUGGACAUAAGAGUGUUUGGGGGAGGGUGGGGUUUUUGAGAGUUUUUUUGUGUGAUUUGUUCAGCUUGUACUGCCAUGUACAGUGCCAAAACAAGAGAAAUUAAUGUAACUAUGUUAAGCUUUAGGCAUCUAUCAACAAAGUUUACAUGGUAAGGAUUAUAUAGUAUAGGCAUUCAUGAUAGUUUCCUGUGUUUCCAAACUGUUCAUAAAUUGUGCAUUAUGAAUGUGAUAACCUAAUAAGGUAUUUAUUGGCAACAUCAAACUCUGGGUAAGUUAAUAGAUUAUAGCAUAGAGGCUGUAAAACAAAUUUGUGAAAAAUCAAGGAAUUGCAGCUUUCUAUUAAAUCUGCACUGUGUGCAUCCAAAAGUUUUCUGUCAUUCAUGGAAGAGUAACCUGGUUAGUUUAAAUACACCAUUCAUCAUAUGCUAAUUUAUUACCGUACUGAUGUAGAGGACAUCAGAUUAAAAAUUCCUUUAUUAUCAGACUUAUUAAAUGUCAUAGUUUUAAAACUGGUGGCUUUGAUCAUUCAUAGUUUUUAUUUGACUAAUACCACAAUGUUUAACAUCUACUAAACUUUAUUCUUUCCCACUGUCAAGGUAGAACAAAAAUGCAUGCAUAGAAUUCAUGACUGUCUACAGCCCUUUCUUACUAUAUGACUUGUCCUCUAGUGCAUAACUAAGCACUUAGACUAGGCUGCAUACAUUGUAAGUCUUAUGACCUUUUAAACUGGUGUAGACUUAAAAAUUCAAAAUGUCAGGACAUAGACUAAUGGUACAGAUACUAAGCUGAUUUGAACAUUCUUGAAAAGCAUGUUUUAGUUAGUUCAAAGAUACUUGACAAUGUUUGAGAAGCAUGUUUUAGUUCAAAGAUAAUUGACAAAGAAAACUUUUUAAAGUAUGUCUAGUAAUGUCAGUACGGUAGUGUGAUGUCCUCUGCAAUCUUUCUGCAUUGAUUGUGAAAUCAAAUGGAACAAUUUGUCUUUCACUUGAGAACUUUUGUAAGCUCUAUUGAUUCAAACAAAUAAACACAAAUAUUUAAUCUAUUGUAAUUUAAACUGAACCUUGUGGAUUUUCUUUCAAAUGUUGUUUUGUUUAUGUUGAUUCAAGAUAAAAAGUAGAAAAAUUGCAUUCUUGUUUUUCUUCUGUGAUAGUUACCAACUACCAGGAGAUAGAAUAACAUUGUGACAUUGAUGCAAUACUCUGAUCAAAGUGAACAGUUAGUUCUGAAACAUUAACACAAACUUUUGGAACCCAAUGAUGGUUCCAGGCUUGCAUUGAGUGCAAUCUGCAUUGGAUCUAACUAGAACUGACCCUUGUUUCAAUCUUUCCAUAAAAAUAAAAAAGUCCAUUGAAUUCAUCGAAAAGUAUUUUAUUGCAUAAUGUAUUCAGCCAAAAUGUAACAAGUAAUGAUAAAUCUCUGUACACUUAAAACUAGAUCAAUGUUUCUGUAUAAAUAUAAAAAUCUGUGAAAAACAAUUUAAAAUAAUGUAGGUAAGUGCACAUGUUUUAAACAUGAACUUUCUAAAUUUGAAUGGGUCAAUCUACAAAGUAAAAUAAAUGUUUCAAUACGUAAGUAAAGAGCCUCUUUCUAAAAACUGAAACCAUGACUUAAAUCUGUGUUAUGAUAUAGUGAUUGGUCUAAGUAAAAAUAAAAAAACAAUAAA